GGGCUGCGCGCGCCUCUCGGCCGGGAAGGUUCGAGCCGCGGGAAGUGUGCGCCGCGGCGAGCUGGCGCGCGUCCGGGCCCAUGGGUCUCCAUGGCGACGGCGGGGACUCGGCAGCCCGAGCCCGGCCGAGCCGCUCCGGGGGCCUCCGCGGCAGCGUGGCCGUGUUCGCCGGCGUGGCUGCCGUGUUCACCCUCACGCUGCCCCGCUCGCUGCCGGGGGGAGACUCGGGGGAACUGAUCACAGCCGCACAUGAGCUUGGAGUUGCCCAUCCUCCCGGCUAUCCUUUGUUCACACUGGUGGCUAGCCUGGCAAUCACCCUCUUUCCAUUCGGUUCCAUUGCCUACAGAGUCAACCUUCUCUGUGGCUUAUUUGGAGCGGUAGCUGCUUCACUCCUUUUUUUCACCGUUUUCAGGCUUUCUGGCUCACAUGCUGGAGGAAUCCUUGCUGCGGGGGUGUUUUCAUUUUCUCGCCUAACAUGGCAGUGGUCCAUUGCAGCUGAGGUUUUUAGCUUAAACAAUCUGUUUGUGGGGCUGCUCAUGGCACUUACUGUGUGUUUUGAGGAGGCAGCAGCCGCAAAGGAGAGAUCAAAGAUAGCAGUCAUUGGUGCUUUCUCCUGUGGCCUUAGCUUGUGUAAUCAGCACACAAUAGUACUCUAUGUUUUAUGCAUUAUACCCUGGAUUCUCUUCAGACUUCUGAAAGAGAAGGAACUUGCCUUUAGCUCUCUGUUGAAGCUGACUCUGGCCUUCUCGGCUGGCUUGUUGCCCUAUGUCUACCUGCCAGUGUCGUCCUACCUCAAUCACGCCCGCUGGACUUGGGGAGACCAGACAACGUUGAGAGGGUUCCUGACACAUUUCCUCCGGGAAGAAUAUGGAACAUUCAGCCUGGCCAAAUCUGAAAUAGGAUGCAGUGUGUCUACAAUACUGCUUUCACAAAUAAUAAAUAUGAAGACCGAACUUUCAUUCAACAUCCAAGCUCUUGCAGUUUGGGCAAAUAUAUGUUUAGCUAGAAAGGACAGACGGCAGUCUUCAUUAAUAUGGCUUUUCACUGCGAUGCUCUGCAUUUAUUCAUUAUUCUUUGCUUGGAGAGCAAAUUUAGAUAUUUCAAAACCACUUUUCAUGGGUGUGGUGGAACGAUUCUGGAUGCAGAGCAAUGCAGUGGUGGCAGUUCUUGCUGGGCUCGGUUUGGCCACACUUGUGUCUGAGACUAACCGAGUGCUGAACCGCAAUGGGGUUCAGUGUCUGGAGUGGCUGUCAGCAGCUCUUUUUGUAGCUUAUCAAAUAUACUCAAAUUACAGCAUUUGUGACCAAAGAACCAAUAAUGUGAUCGAUCAGUUUGCACGAAACCUUCUGAACUCCAUGCCUCGUGAUGCAAUCAUCUUACUCAGGGGAGAUUUGCCAGGGAAUUCUCUCCGUUACUUGCAUUACUGUGAGGGGAUGAGGCCAGAUGUUUCCCUAGUGGAUCAAGAAAUGAUGACUUAUGAGUGGUAUUUACCCAAGAUGGCAAGACAUCUACCGGGAGUGCACUUUCCUGGGGACCGGUGGAACCCCGUGGAAGGAGUAUUACCGAGUGGAAUGGUCACAUUCAAUCUUUAUCACUUUCUUGAAAUGAAUAAACAAAAAGAAGCAUUUGUUUGCAUAGGAAUCCAUGAAGGUGACCCAACUUGGAAAAGGGAUUAUUCACUUUGGCCAUGGGGAUCUUGUGACAAGUUGGUUCCUUCAAGGAUUGUAUUCAACCCAGAAGAGUGGAUUAAACGCACCAAAAGUAUCUAUAACUGGACUGAGGAAUAUGGAAGGUUUGAUCCAUCUUCUUGGGAAUCUGUGGCCAAUGAGGAGAUGUGGCAAGCAAGGAUGAAAACACCAUUCUUCAUCUUUAACCUGGCAGAGACUGCCAAGGUGCCUCAGGAUGUGAAAGCACAACUCUACAUGCAUGCAUAUAAACUUUAUAAGGAGAUAGUGUACCUACGAGAGGAACACCCAGUGAAUUGGCACAAGAACUAUGCCAUCGCCUGCGAGCGGAUGCUGCGCCUUCCAGGGACAGACGCAAAGCCUGAAGUCCUGCUGUCUGAAACCAUCAGACAUUUUCGUCUCUAUACUCAGAAAGCACAGUCUGACCCACAGCGAGCAGACAUUAUAGCUGCUCUCAAGCACCUCAGAAGAGAACUGCAAAGUCUAAGAAAUACAAAAAAGGUCUGAGCCAGCAAACAGUGGCAGCCUGCAUGCUGUUCUGCUUCCAGAGUUGCUGAAAGCUUUCCUUCAAGAAAAGAAGUUGUAUCAAAAAAGUAGAAAUCUCAGUUAUCUCCUGGGUAUAAUAAUGUGUACAGUAGAAAUUAGCAUUUCCUUGAGAAGCAUUCAGAAACAUCUACAGUCUUUAUAUAGCAACUGUAGGUUCUAGAUGAGAAGGAACUGUCUCCACAAACCUAAAACAUGUCUGAGUCUUUUGAGGUCUGUAAUUAUUGGCAUCCAUUUAAAAAGGUAUUUUUUUAAAAAAUAAUAUUCAUUCCAGACCAAAGGCAUUUUCCAUUUGCUGCAAGUGAGAUGGUCUCUAAAAACAAUUCUUGGUAUACCUCAUAAGAAUUCCUUUUUUCUCUAGUUAACUAUAAUUGUUAGAGUCUGAAACUUUAUACUUUACACCAAGUAUAUGAUUCUUUUUUGAACUUUUGAGUUUUAUCAUCUUCAUUCUGCAGUCACUGAAAAGGAAAGCUAAUUUCAUGUUUGCUUAUUUCAUUUGUAGAAACAGGCAAAUGAAAGGGCAUUUAACAUGUCCUUAAUUAAUUUCAUAUUUAUGUUUUACUUCUAUUUAGAUUCACAGAUCUAGACCCAGUAAUUAGUAGGUAGCUGGCUGCCUGCAUGCACAAAGCGGUGUGGGCAAGAGUGGGGGUGGGAAGGUUGUUCAAUAAAUUCAUUUUUGUUACAGGCAUCUUUUAUACAUAUUACUAAAGGGAACAUAGUAAGAAAUGCAAAUAAUAAUAGUUCUUUAUUUUAUUAUGACAGUUAAUUAAUAGCAACCUGUUUUAAUGAAUAAAGUCACUCAGAGUCCUUCAGCACUUCCUAAGUAGAGGCCAGAAUCUGUAGGGAUUCUUUCCCCCGAUUGUAUAGCUCCUAGACUCCAAGCACUAUAUAGGCUCCUGUAUAGAAAUGCUCACUAAUGAAGAGGGAGGGCUAGAAGCUUGUCUGCAUUCAAAGAUCACUGGUGAGUCAUUCAGCAAGAAAAGGCCCCUUACCAGGAAUAGUCACAGUUCCGUGGCAUUGUACUAGCAAAAGGGUCUGAUCAAAGGUCUCCCGUGGAGCUUGCAUGGUUCCCUUUCAUACUACGACCAUAAUUAAAACCACUAAUUCUCUUUUAAAAUGCUGCAGGAUGCCAUGUAGGCAUCUGUCUGGAGUGUCCUUUGUGAUGUCAUAAGCUGUUAAGGACCAGUGCCGAGGGCUUUUGAGUGAAAUGCCAGUCAUGAAGGUGCUUCAAGACAAGGGUGCCUCUAAAAGCUUGACAGGGCCUUGACUGCACAAUUCGAGCUGAAUUUGCCCCUUGUCAGCUGCCAGUAAAUAAAUCUCAAAGGGGGAAAAGCUGAAGUUUCAUUACCUGAUCCAUGGGGCUUUGUUGGUUUUGGCAUCACACAGGGGAAGCUCUUGCCCCUCCAUUCUCUGGGUUUGAAGAUGUCCAUUGGAGCCUGCAGUGCCUGGACAGGGUUCAGAGCGGAACCUUUUGAAGAGUGUCAAUAGUUGUAACAGUUCAGCUGUUAGGAAGACAAAUACAUGGAGGAGCUCAUUAAUCCGCUUUUGGCUCUCGGUGCCUUUUGCCCUUUUAUCACAGCCUUAUUAGGCUCCUGCUCAUCUUGAACCAGAAAAAACUGAAUUGAAGUUGUUGAGUACUAAUUGGCAAAGACUUUAAUCAUGGGCCAAGAACUUUCACUGACUUGAAAGUAACUUCUCCACAGGGAAGAGCCAGAAACCUGGUUUACCUUAAAACAAAAACCUGUUGGAGCUCAGUGUGGUGUGAAAAUUGAAGGAAGCCUCGAUAAAUUGUCUAAGUCUAUGCAUUCGAAAAAAUAUGUAAGAUUAUGAUUUUCACUGUUCUGGGAGGACAAUAAAAUUCAAACAUUUCUUAAGAAA